AUGUUUUUGAUUGUGUCAGCAAUUUAAAUAUUGUUAGCCCAUGCGAAUUGGGUAAUGAUUGACUAAAGUUUUGUUGAUGGAUUCACUUCUAACAAUAGUUGGGAUCUAUCAAAAUAUUGUGACUAUUUUGAUAAUGAUGAAAGUUUUAGAAAUAAUUCUUGCUAAUCAAAUUCUAUAAAAUAUGUACGUCUAAAAGAUGACAGAUAAAGGAUGGAUAAGAUCUACUAGUAAAAAAGUUACUAAUCAGAAGUAAUAGUUGAUAUCUUUUUUGAUAAUGCUGGUGAUACAUCUGGAAAUCAAGCUUAUUUCACAUUGAACUUAACCUAGAGUUCGUCAUCAAGAGAUAUUAUGUAAUAAAGAAAUUAUAUAUAUUCUGAUUUAACUCAAAAUGCAAGAUAAAUAUGCAAUAGUUCAACACCAUAAUAUUUUGAUUUCAUAACAUAUGUAGGUACAUCUCCUGUAUUAUAUAAAGAAAAAUUUAAUAUAUCUAUAGGAAUUGAAACUGAUGAAGAUAAUUAAAUUCUGGGUGUUAGGAAUGUAUUUGUUUAUGUCAAAUAUUGUUCACCAACUUGUAAAACGUGUUCAAGUUCGACUAGUUGUCUAACAUGUGUUUAUGGUUCUCUAUAAACAGAUGGUAGUUGUACUUGUGACCCUUCUCAUUAAUUUGCUUAAACUGGAAUUGGAUGUAGAUAAGAAUGUGAAAGAGAUUACUUUAUAGCAAGAUCAGAUAAUAUUUGUGUUCCAGAUAGAAGAAUUAAAUCACUUGUUUCGUAUUUUGAAUCUACAACUUUCACUGCUUAUUCUCCUUUUUAGUUUGUUCAAGAUUCUGCAAAUUCAAGAAGUUCUCCGUCAUAAAUUUUCGAUUGUUCAUCUACUAAAUAUGUAGGUAGUUUACUUUAUAGUGAGGGAAUGAGUUUAUAAUUGGCAACUUCUUAAUCCUUAAAAUUUAUCAGACUAAGGAUUACAUUUUACUUAUAAGGCUUUUUGACUAAUAAUAGAAUAUAAAUAUUGUUAGAUGACUAAAUAUAAGGUGAAAUAAUCAAGACUUCGUCUGAUUAUAAUUUUGAGAAAAUUAGAAAAAUUUAUAGGUAAAGUGUCAUAUGCACAAAUACUUAUGAUUUAAUUCGAAUAGAGGCAAUUCUUCGAACUUACUCUAAUACUCCUAAACUCAUUUUAAAAGGAUCAUAGCUGACUUAAGCAACUUCGACAUGGGGAUUCAGAAAUAUAACAAUUGAUAGUGGCAAUUGUAAAGAAAAUUGUGCAGUAUGUGCUGACUUUUCAACUUGUCAACAAUGUAUCAGUAAUUACGUGUUAUUUUAAAAUGGUUGUGUCAGCGAUUGUCCAGUGCAUUCUGCUAAUUGUGUUGAUUAUGCAGAUAUGAUACCAAGUAAUUUUAAUAAUUUAUUUUUAGACUCUCGAUACUUAGCAAAAGGAUUUUAUAAUUUUAAUAUGACUACUUCAGAUAUAAACAAAUUCUUCGAUGAAAUUAUUCCAACUGGUAAUAAUUUCUUAACACAAUAAAAAUUUUCAAUAUUUCCAACUAAAUUUGUUUUAGGAGGUGUAAUGGUAUGGAAUAAUGCAAUAUAUAAAAAAUCAUGGAGUAUAUCCAAACCACACUAUGCUGUUACAAUAAGAUUUAACGUCAUAUAUGGAGAUUAAUAUGCUGGAAAUUUUUAUUAUACCAUUUAAGGAGUAAAAUCAGUUGCUCAUCCCAAACCAUCAACAAGUGGUUAAAACAUUAUUGGUAUGAGUUUAAAUGAAAUAACUAAAUAUUUUGAAAUUUUCCAGAAUCCAUUCACAUCGUCUCCAUUAAAUAUUGAGUUUCAAUGUACAGAUACAACUGUAGAUCCAAGAGACUAAUUUUGCGCAAUUUCUGAUUACUUUAUUGUUGUUCAUUAUGUAAAUAUUUUCAUUUAAUAUUAAGUGUCUCCCAUUUUGUCAAGAUUGCAAUGAUGGGGUUUCUUGCGUUACUUGGGAAUCUGGACAUUUAAAUGAAAAUUGCGAUGUUAAUUAGUUUCUAUAAUUUGAUUCUAUUUCAGAAACUUAUAAUUGUAUUACAUGUAACUAACCUGGAUGUUUAACUUGUAAAAAUUUGGAAGAAUGCACUUCCUGUGAUUCUUCAAGUUAAUAUAAUACUUUAAUAAAUGGAGUUUGCUUACCAAUUAAUCCUCCCUCACCUCCAAGUCCAUCAUUAUAAUGUCAUAAAUAUUGUGAAACAUGUACAGGAGCUUUGAUAACUAAUUGUCAAACCUGUGUUUCUGAUUUUCAUAGGAUUUUAUCCAACAAUUAAUGUUUAUGUUAGUCUGGGUUCUAUGAUGAUGGAAUAAAUGUAAUUUGUCUUCCUGUGUGUGGAGACCUUUUAAUUGUUGAUGGAGAAGAUUGUGAUGAUGGUAAUUCUAAUCCAUAUGAUGGAUGUAAUGAUUGUAAAUUUAGUUGUGAUGAGACUUGCGAAGAAUGCUUUUGGGGAAUUUGUUUCCAUUGCCAAAAAGGCUUCUAGAUUGUGGAUAAUCAAUGUGUUGCCAUUUGUGGUGAUAAUCUUUUAGUGAAAACAGAGGAAUGUGAAGACAAUAACUAAACUCCAAAUGAAGGAUGUUAUAAUUGUAAAUUUUCAUGUCCAAAUCAUUGCAUUGAUUGCUAAUUUAAUAAAUGCAUAAAAUGUGAUGAACUAAAUGGUUGGUAUCUUGAUAAAAACAUUUGCUAACCUAUUUGUGGUGAUGGUAUAGUGGCUAUUUAAUUGGAGUAAUGCGAUGACAAAAAUUAAUAAGAGUUUAAUGAACUGUUAAAUAAACAAUUUUGUUUUUAAUGUCAAUAAAUAUGUUAAGAUUCUUGCUCUACUUGCUACAAAGGAGAGUGUUAUUAAUGUAAUAAAGGAUGGGUUUUGAACACAAUUUAAAAGAAUUGUCAUCCAAUUAAUGGAGAUAAAUUAGUAGUAGGAAACGAACAAUGCGAUGAUUGGAAUGAGAUUCCUUAUGAUGGAUGCUACUUAUCCCAAUAUUCUUGUGAUUAAAAUUGUAUUGACUGUCAAAUGGAAAUUUGUUAUAUAUGCGAAUUUGGAUUUUAUUUGAAUCAAGGAGUGAAUUCUUGCGUUAGCAAAUGUGGCGAUGGAUUAGUUGCUAAAGAUGAGUAAUGCGAUGAUGGAGUUGAUAAUGGAUGUAUAAAUUGUUAAAAAGAGUGUCAGAAAGAAUGUUUGAGUUGUUAUUAAGGAUAGUGUUAAGUAUGUGAAGGAAUAGGAUGGGAAAUUGAUAUAGUAUCUGGAGUUUGUAGAUCUAAUUGUGGGGAUGGCAUAAUUGUUGGAAAAGAACAAUGUGAUGAUGGUAACGAAAUCGAAUUUGAUGGAUGUCAUUAGUGUGAAUUAAGAUGUUUAUAGUAAUAAUGUACUAAAUGUUUAAUUGGAAUAUGCUUAGAAUGUGGUAAUGAUGGUUGGUAUUUAUUUGAAUACAAAUGCAUUUCUUUUUGUGGAGAUCUAAUUGUAGUAGAUAAUGAAGAAUGCGAUGAUGGUAAUAUUAUUCCAUAUGAUGGUUGUUUCGAAUGCAAAUUUUAAUGUUAAAUUGAAUGCACUGAUUGUAGAUCUGGAAUAUGUUAUGAAUGUGGAAUAUAAGGUUGGCAUUUAAUUAAUAAUUAUUGUGAAAUAAUUUGUGGAGAUGGUAUUGUUGUUCAAGAUUUAGAAGAAUGCGAUGAUGGCAAUUUUAUAUAGUAUGAUGGAUGUUAUUAAUGUUAAUUCUAAUGUUCUGAGAUGUGCACUGUUUGUUAACAAGGUAUUUGCUAUGAAUGUGAUUACUUUGGUUGGAUGAUUGAUGAUCAUAUUUGCAAGCCAUUUUGCGGAGAUGGAAUCAUCACAGGUAACGAAUAAUGUGAUGAUAUGAAUAAUAAUUAAAAUGAUGGAUGUCAUUAAUGUCAAUAUGCUUGUGAUGAAUAUUGUAUUGAUUGUUAAUAAGGAAUUUGUUAAUAGUGUGAAUUAGGAAGAUUUAUAGUUUAAAAUGUUUGUAUAUCUUAAUGUGGAGAUGGAGCUUAUGUAAAAUCAGCUGAGCUUUGUGAUGAUGGUAAUAUAGAAAAUGGGGAUGGUUGUGACAAAAAUUGUCAAAUAGAAGCUAAUUACAUAUGUUAAAAUAGAGAAGGUAGGUUCUCUUUAUGUGCUUACUCUAAAUAACCCUAAUUUAAUGUUAAACUUCUUUCAACAAAUGUUGAAGAUUUUUAGGAUGUUUAAAUAACAUUUGAUUAGAAAAUGAAAUAUUAUGGUGGAGAUUAAGAUAAAUUAUCCUAAUUAAUAAUUUCUAGUAUUAUAGAUAUGAAAGAUUCCCAAUAUGAUAUUGUCUAUUAAAUAAUUAAAUCGGAAUCAAAAGACGAAAUAAGCGACAUAACUAUUCUACUGAAAGUGAAUUUUAAUGCUCCAAUAGAGAGACCAUAAUUGAAAAUAUAAUUUUUGAAUGAUUCAUUUCUUUCAGAAUACAAUUUACCUCUUUAAUAGUUAACAAAAACAGUUUAAUUGAAUACACCUUCAGUACUAAACUAGGAUUAGAUAAAUCUAGCCUAAAGUACUGUAGCUUAUAAUGAGGCAGUGAUCUAUUUCUUAAUUGGCUUAUCUGGUCUAUGUCUAAUGACAGGUUCUUCUGAAUUAUUUUGGAAUCUGAUGGAUCAAUUGUAAUAUUUAUCAUACAUUAAAUACGUAAAUAUUAGAUUUCCUCCAAAUCUUAAUAUUUAUUUUGAAGUUUUUAAACUAAUUAGUAUUCAACCAGCAAUUUCAGCCUUGAAAAUAGAUAAUUUGUUUAAUUUUAUUCAGCAAGGAGAGAAUAAUCAAAUUCUUCGUGAUGAUAAAUUUAAGCCUGAUGAUAUUAACAUAAGAUUUCUUGAUAAUUUUAGUAGUUUCAUAUUCUGUCUUAUAACUGCCUAUUCAGGAUACUUUUUUUUCAAAAUCACAUAUAUGUUAUUGUACCAAAUGUAACCUUAUUUUUUGUUGAAAAUGAACUAAACAAUUGCAAAAGGAUUUUAUUUAAUUAGAAAACAAUUUUAUAAGUCUUCAAAAGAGUUUCACUAUAAUGGCAUCUUAAGAGUAAUGAUGUCUAAUGCAUAUGAUAUUUCUUUUGCAAUGACAAUAUAACUUAGUUAUUUUUAGAGUAAAAAUAUAAGUGAGACAAUAAAUUCAUAUCUUUCCCUUGCUAUAUUUGCUUCAUAUUUAGGAGUUUCGAUUUAUAUUUUUAAUAUUAUGCAAAAGUUCUCUCAUUAGAAUACAUUAAGAGCUAAGAAAUAAUAUGAAUCUUUAUUUGAAGGAAUUCAAGAAGGCAAAAAUGUCUGGGUUUCAUAAUAUAAUACAAUUUUAUUAAUUAAAAAGCUUACUUUCAUAAGUAUAAUUGUAUUUAUGUAAACAGAUGGAAAACUUUAAACUCUGCUAAUUGCAAUAAAUUAAUCUUUAUUUCUAUUUUUUUGUAUUGCCAAUAACCCAUUACAGAGUCAUUAUGAGUACUACAAAAUUCUUAUAACAGAGUCCCUUGUUAUUUUCAACACAAUCACGUUUAUUCUUUACGAUUAUUUAAAGGAUAUUGGUUUGAACGAAAAUUUUAGUAUAACUUUAGGAUGGGUUCACAUAUCCUCUUUUUCAGCUAUCCUAAUAUUCUCAUUAAUAAUUGAUAUUUUUUAACAAUUACAGGUCAUGGUGAUCAAAUUAAGGUAGUUUUGUUGUCAAAAUAAGAAUUAAGAAGAUCUAGGAUCAUAAGUAAGACUAUUUAUUUGA